GCGCUGCAGACAGUGUGGUUAGCCUUCAGCGACAUGAGUUAAAAUCAGAAAUAAACUCGGUAAAGUGACAAUCAUUGUUCAAGAUGUUGUUCAGAAAAGACGUACCAUGGCGGCGCUUGGAGGGCAUGUCGUUUGGGAUGUACUCAGCCGAGGAGAUCAGGAAGCUGAGUGUGAAAGCGAUCACUAACCCCAGGUUCCUGGACGGCGUGGGCAAUGUGGCUCCAAACAGCCUCUACGAUCUGGCCCUGGGACCCCCUGACUCCAAAGAGGUGUGUUCGACCUGCUCUCAGGAUUUCAACAACUGCCCGGGUCACCUGGGUCACGUCGACCUCCCGCUGCCAGUGUACAACCCGCUCUUCUUUGACAAACUCUACCUGCUGGUCCGCGGCUCGUGCCUGGCCUGCCACCAGCUGACGUGUCCCCGAGCCGCCGUCCACCUGCUGCUCAGCCAGCUGCGGCUGCUGGACCACGGCGCCAUGCGGGAGGUGUACGAGGCCGAGCAGGUUCUCAGCCAGUACCUGGACGAGAACCCUAAAGCCACAGCGGACGACAUCCAGCUGGCGCUGAAGCAGUUCACCGACGGCGUCGUCGGCGCUGAAGCACAAGCUUCAGACAACAUCAAACCCAUCAAACACUUGGUGGAGAAGAAGAGCAGUUUGAUCGGUGACUUCUGGAAGAUCCAGAUGAAGUCCCGGAGGUGUCCUCACUGCAGAUGCAGCAAGUCCACGGUGCGCCGUGAGCACAACAGCAAGCUGAUCGUCACGAUGCCCUCCGGCGUUCAGCCGACUCCGGCGGCCGACGGAGAGCUGGUGGCCGGACGCAGAGUCUACAUGACGGCCAGCACGGCCCGGGAGCACAUCGGCGCCCUGUGGGAGAAGGAAGGUUUCUUCCUGAAGACUCUGUUCUCGGGGCUGCAGGAGGGAGGCGGCUUCCGUCCGGACCUCUUCUUCCUGGAGCUGCUGGUCGUCCCCCCCUGCAGGUAUCGUCCAAUCAACCGGCUCGGGGACCAGAUGUUUACCAACGGGCAGACGGUCAACAUGCAGGCGGCCAUGAAGGACUGCGCCGUCAUCCGGAAGCUUCUGGCUCUGAUGGCGGGGGAGAAGCUCGCCCCGGAGGAAGGGAGUCCAGAGCAGAGCGACCAGACCUUCCUGGUGGGGAUCCCCGGCCAGACGCUGCAGGACAAGCUGUACAACAUGUGGGUCCGCCUGCAGAGCCACGUCAACAUCGUGUUCGACAGCGAGAUGGACAAAGUGAUGACGGAGAAAUUCCCCGGGAUCAGACAGGUCCUGGAGAAGAAGGACGGCCUGUUCCGGAAGCACAUGAUGGGGAAGCGAGUGGACCACGCCGCCCGCUCCGUCAUCUGCCCCGACAUGUACAUCGGCGUCAACGAGAUCGGGAUUCCCAUGGUGUUCGCCACCAAGCUGACUUACCCUCAGCCCGUCACGCCGUGGAACGUGAAGGAGCUGCGCCAGGCCGUCAUCAACGGGCCCAACGUGCACCCGGGCGCCGCCGCCGUGAUCAGCGAGGACGGCCGGAGGACCGUCCUGUCGGCCGCCGACGCCGCGCAGAGGGCGGCGGUGGCCAAGGAGCUGCUGACGCCGUCCCCGGGCCCGCACAAGAUGCCCAUGAAGAUCGUGAACCGCCACAUCAAGAACGGAGACGUGAUGCUGCUGAACAGACAGCCGACGCUGCACCGGCCCUCCAUCCAGGCCCACUGCGCCCGCAUCCUCCCGGGAGAGAAGGUGCUGAGGCUCCACUACGCCAACUGCAAGGCGUACAACGCCGACUUCGACGGGGACGAGAUGAACGCCCACUUCCCCCAGAGCGAGCUGGGCCGGGCCGAGGCCUACACGCUGGUCAGCACCGACAGGCAGUACCUCGUCCCCAAGGACGGGAAGCCCCUGGCGGGUCUGAUCCAGGACCACAUGGUGUCCGGGACCAGGAUGACCAUCCGGGACUGCUUCCUGUCCAGAGACCAGUACACGGAGCUGCUGUACCGAGGACUGACCGACCGGCCGGGCCGGGUCCGGCUCCUGCCUCCCGCCCUGCUCAAGCCCCAGAGGCUGUGGACCGGAAAGCAGCUGGUGUCCACCCUGCUGCUGAACAUCAUCCCAGACGGAGCGGUUCCCCUCAACCUGGUGGGAAAAUCCAAAAUCCCGGGGAAGGCGUGGAUCCAGGAGCGGCCGCGAGCCGCGCCCGGGUACUCCCCAGAGAGCAUGUGCGACUCUCAGGUGCUGAUCCGGCAGGGCGAGCUGCUGCUGGGCGUCCUGGACAAGGCGCACUACGGCUCGUCGGCCUACGGCCUGGUCCACUGCUGCUACGAGCUGUACGGCGGCGAGACCAGCGGCAAGCUGCUCAGCUGCCUGGCCCGCCUCUUCACCGCCUACCUGCAGCUCUACAGAGGCUUCACGCUGGGAGUGGAGGACAUCCUGGUGAAACCGGGCGCCAACAAGCGGAGGAGGAAGAUCAUCCAGGAGUCCCUGAAGGUCGGCUCCCAGGCCCUUCAGGCUGCCUUCAAUCUGCCGUCCAACGUGGGUCAAGCUGAGGCGCAGGGCCGCUGGCAGGACGCUCACCUCAACCCGGACCAGAGGGAUUUCACUCUGGCCGACCACAAGUUCAAAGAAGUGGCCAACCAGGUGAACAACGACAUCAACAAGGUCUGCAUGCCGGCCGGUCUGCACACGUCGUUCCCAGACAACAACCUGCAGCUGAUGGUCCAGUCCGGAGCCAAGGGAUCUACGGUGAACACCAUGCAGAUCUCCUGCCUGCUGGGCCAGAUCGAGCUGGAGGGCCGCCGGCCUCCUCUCAUGCCGUCCGGGAAGUUCCUGCCCUGCUUCCAGCCGUACGACCCGUCGCCCGGCGCCGGCGGCUUCGUGUCCGGGAGGUUCCUGACCGGCAUCAAGCCUCAGGAGUUCUUCUUCCACUGCAUGGCCGGACGAGAGGGGCUGGUGGACACGGCGGUGAAGACCUCCAGAUCGGGAUACCUGCAGAGGUGCAUCAUCAAACACCUGGAGGGCCUGGUGGUCCAGUACGACCUGACGGUGCGGGACAGCGACGGCUCCGUGGUGCAGUUCCUGUACGGCGAGGACGGCCUGGACGUCCCCAAGACCCAGUUCCUGCAGCCCCGACAGUUCCCCUUCCUCCAGGACAACUACCAGGUCAUCCAGAGGUCUCAGGGCCUGGACCAGGUCCUGGCCCGGCUGGACUGUCAGACCGCCUCCGAGCACUUCGAGGCCGUGCGGCGCUGGAGGGCCAGGCGGGAGACCGGGAGUCCUCGGAGAGGAGCCUUCCUGCUCUACUCCCAGAAGAAGCUGGCCAAACUGAAGGCAGCGUCGGCCGCGGAGCAAACGCUGUCCGGACGCCACCCUGCGGCGCUGGAGCUCACCCAGCAGUGGCACGCCCUGGACCAGCACACCAAGUCCAAGUACAUCCGCAAGACGGCGCGCUGCCCCGAGCCGGCGCUGGGCCUGUUCAGGCCCGACGUCUGCUUCGGCUCCGUGUCGGAGAACUUCCACCACAUCGCCGAGACGUACCUGGAGAGCCGGGGCGCCGGCGGCGUGGACGCUGACAGCCUCCGCCAGCUGCUGCUCUACAAGUGGCAGCGCUCGCUGUGCGACCCCGGCGAGGCGGUGGGGCUGCUGGCCGCCCAGUCCAUCGGCGAGCCGUCCACGCAGAUGACCCUCAACACCUUCCACUUCGCCGGCAGGGGGGAGAUGAACGUCACCCUGGGAAUCCCCCGGCUGCGGGAGAUCCUGAUGGUGGCCAGCUCCAACAUCAAGACCCCCAUGAUGAGCGUCCCGGUGCUGGGGACCAGGCGGGCCCUGAAGAAGGCCAAGAUGCUGCGCAAGAAGCUCAGCAGGGUCUGUCUGGCCGAGGUGCUGCAGAAGGUGGACGUGGUCGAGACCCUGCGGUUGGAAAAAUACCAGAAGCUGCGAGUUUUCAAAGUCACCUUCCACUUCCUGCCUCCUGCGCGGUACAGCGAGGACAAGCUGCUGACGCCCACCGAGAUCCUGCACUACAUGGAGACCAGGUUCUUCCGUCUCCUCCUCGAGGCCAUCAAGAAGCGCUCGGCCAAGCUGGCGUCCAUCGCCGUGGAAACCAGGAAGGCCGUGCCCCGGGACAAGGACGACGGCGGCGAUGGGGCGGCAAACUCGGACCAGGACGACGACGCGGAGCAGGAGAGACAGAUCGUGGACGAUCAGGCCAACGAAGGAGACGCCGACGCGUCGGACGCCAAGAGGAAGGACAAGCAGGAGGAGGAGGUGGACUACGAGAGCGAGGAGGAGGCGGAGGGCGACGACGAAGACGAUCAGCGGGAGGAGGAGGCGGAGGGAGAGGAGGGGGCGGAGCCCAACUCUCCAGAGGAGGAGGAGGCGGCGGCGGCGAAGGGAGAGGCUCCGGUGAAGAGCAGCCAGCGUGCCGGGCCGGAGGAGCCGGGCCAGUCCUGGAUCCAGACCAGGGUCAACGCCGUGCUGGACUCGCACCCGGCCAUCGAGAGCUACCGCUUCGACCAGCAGCACGAGCUGUGGUGUGAGGUGGACAUGGUGCUGCCGGUCAGCAAGGUGCACUUCGACCUGACCUCCGUGCUGUCCUCGCUGGCCCAGAACGCCGUCGUCAUGGAGACCAAAGGCCUGACGCGCUGCCUGCUGAGCGAGGCCGCCGGGAGGGGCGGCGAGAAGGAGACGCUGCUCAACACCGAGGGCAUCAACAUGCAGGAGAUCUUCAAACACAGCGACAUCUUCGACGUCAACCGGCUGUACUCCAACGAGGUGCACGUCAUGGCGAGCACGUACGGCAUCGAGGUGGCUCUGAAAGUCAUCGAGAAGGAGAUCAAGGACGUCUUCGCCGUCUACGGCAUCGAGGUGGAUCCCAGGCAUCUGUCGCUGGUGGCGGACUACAUGUGCUUCGAAGGCGUGUACAAGCCCCUGAACCGCCACGCCAUGAGGUCCAACUCCUCCCCCCUGCAGCAGAUGACCUUUGAGACGAGCUACAAGUUUCUCAAAGACGCCACCAUGCUGGGGUCAUGUGACCGGCUGACGUCCCCGUCCGCCUGCCUCGUGGUGGGGAAGGUGGUUCGAGGUGGGACCGGGCUGUUCGAGCUGAAGCAGCCUCUGCAGUAACUGAUUACUCAGCCAGCCGCCGUGGUGGUUUCACUCAGUCAUGUGACGAGGCGGCUGCGCUCGCCGCCGAGGACGGGGAUACACGCCGCUUUACUGCAGUUUUACUGGGCAGGAGUGAAAUAUGGGCAGUCUCUGUAUCAUAGCAUGGAAGGAUGUUUAAUGUGUUUCCCAAAGAAAAGAAAAAAACACAAAUGGUGUGCUUUGUAUUUAAUAAUAAAAAGUGAAAACGUGUGUCUGUUGAGCUGAUU